UGCAUGUGGCCGGUGGCCGGCCUCCUUCGAUUUUUUAUGCAACACAACGUAGUAUUCGCGACGUUUGAACAAGUAUGUUUUUAAUAUAAACUCUUACUCGUUGCAAUCUUAAUGAAACUUUGAUGAUGAAGUAAAGUCGAGAUUGUAAUGUUUUUGACAUGAUUUCUGAGUGGUGAACGGUUAUUACAUAUAAUUGACAUUGUAUAGAGGGCGAUUGCUGUAUUGUGCAUUUGUGUAUACAUUACUCGUUUAUUACAUUUGUUUGCACAAUAUACAAUGUUGUACAAAACAUGUGCAUGGGCUUCUAGUCAUUAUGCAAGACAAAUUAGACAUAACUUGCAAAGAAAUAUCCAUAGCAAAAUUCCCAAUAAUGAAGAUCUUGAACGAAAGAAGAGAAUAAGGUCUACCUUUAAUUAUGUUACGGCUGCUGGUAUUUUGGCCCUUGGAUUGACAUACGCUGCUGUACCACUGUAUAGACUGUUCUGUCAGGCGUUUGCUUAUGGUGGAACAACAGGACAUGAUACAUCCAAAGUUGCAGAAAUGAAACCUGUCAAAGAAAGAGUACUAAAAAUAAAGUUUACAGCUGAUACUGCAGCUCAAAUGGCGUGGAACUUUCAACCACAGCAAAAAGAAAUUAAGUUAGUGCCCGGUGAAACUGCUCUGGCAUUUUACACUGCAACUAAUCCAACAGAUGUACAAAUUAGUGGAGUAUCUACUUAUAAUAUAGUACCGUUCGAAGCUGGUCCUUAUUUCAAUAAAAUUCAGUGCUUUUGUUUCGAAGAACAAAUGCUUGCACCCCAUGAACAGGUGGAUAUGCCUGUAUUUUUCUUCAUUGAUCCAGAAUUCACUGAAGAUCCUAAAAUGGAAUUUGUUGAUGAAAUUGUUCUAUCUUAUACAUUUUUUGAAGCUAAAGAAGGAACAAAAUUACCAAUACCAAGUUAUAUUAAAAAAGUCCACUAACUCUAUAGAUUAAAACCGAAACAUGGCAUUCACUGGGUAUGCUCGUCUCAAUCCACAAACUUUGUCUUUAUCAAUGUAUAAUGCAUC